AUGAAGUUCACUGCCAUCAUCGCCUCCCUCUGCUUAGUCGCGGCUCCAUUCGUCGCCGCAGAGGAGACCACCACCUUAACUUCAACAACAACCAUCACCAAGACGCUGGUCCGUGUCAACUCGGUGACUGCAACUCCUAGUUCCACCUCGAGUUCCAACGUUAGCAGCAUGACCACCGUCCCUGCUUCAUCGACGCCUCUGUCUCACGCCUCCUCCACUACUUCUGCUACCGCAGCAGUCACCUCAACCGGCGCAGCGGCUAACAUUGGCGCUGGCAUGCCAGCUGCCUUGGCCGCCGCCGGCUAUAUCAUUGUGAUGGUGGGCCAAGCCCUGUAA